CGGGCGCGUCGGACGCGCUCACCGGCGGCCAGUGGCGAACGCCGCGUCGCCGCCGACGGUCGCCGCGUCGCCGCCGACGGUGGCCCCGCGGGGCGCGAGCGAUAACCACCGGUCCCCUCGGACCGUCCCGAGUUAUCAAAGCUGGGUUAGCGCUCCGAGUAGACAGAAGUCGUGCGGCACCUGACGGACCUGGUCCGUUCCAGGCGCGGCCGCCAUGGCAGCCAGCGUUCCGCGACCCCUGAAAAAGUGCAAGAGCGCCACGUUCAAGAUAGAUGAGACGACCUACACGAUCGUGGCCACCGCACCGGAGCGCAGGGCGACCGCAGUCGGGGCGCCGAUUCCGAUCCCGUCCAAGAAGCCUCCACUGGGCGGCAGAGCUGCUCCUCUACCACUGCUGGAACACCCUCAACCACAGCCGCAGCAUCAGGUUCUACACCAGGCGCAGUCGGCACCGACACAGAGCGACGCGCCGCAGACCGCCGCGCCGACCGAUCACAGGCCAGAGCACGGCUCGCUGACGAUACUCCGGAGGAACAACACGUACAGGAAGCGGUCCAAGCCGCGGCUCGUCUCCAUGCUCUCCGACAGUACCGAGCUGCUGCAGCCCCGGGCUCAGGACCCGGAGGCGUGUGGCCGGGCCGCCGUCAGGUUACGGCACCUGCUCAGCAUGCUAGACAAAGGAGAAGUAUCACCGGAGAUAAUACAGAACAAUAUUGAAUAUGCACUGCGAGUGCUGGAAACGUUCAACAUCAAUGAAAAGGCGAGUCCUCCCGCGCCUUCAGCGCUCAUGUCCGCUGCCCCCGCCAGGCGGUGUCCCUCCGAGGACGAGGAGGACGAGCUGUCGGAGGUACAACAGGACGCCGUGCCGCCCGAGGUCCGCGAGUGGCUCGCCUCCACCUUCACCCGACAGAACACCCUGCACAAGAAGCGCGCCGACGGCCAGCCCAAGUUCCGCACCGUGGCUAACGUCAUCCGCAUGGGCAUCAUGGUGGAGAAGAUGACGCGCAGGAUGUCCAGCUCGGGCCUGAUGGAGGUGCCGCCGGCCGUCACCGCCGCCCUGCAGUCGAUCGACAGCUGGAGCUAUGACGUGUUCCGGCUAGCUGAGGCGAGUGGUGGCGCACCACUGCGCCACUUGGGCUACGAACUCAUCAACCGCUACGGGCUCUUCCACAAGUUCAAGAUCCAGCCGGCCAAGCUGGACACCUACCUCCAGACGGUGGAGCACGGCUACGGCCGGUACAAGAACCCGUACCACAACAGCUCACACGCCGCCGACGUCACGCAGACCGUCCACUAUAUUAUGUCACAGAUGGCGCUAGUGCGUUUUCUGACGGACCUGGAGGUGCUGGCAAUGCUGUUGGCGGCCAUCGUGCACGACGUGGAGCACACGGGUACCACCAACAACUUCCACGUCAACUCCAGCUCCGAGACGGCGCUCAUCUACAACGACAAGAGUGUGCUGGAAAACUUCCACGUCAGUAACGCCUUCAGGAUACUCCGGGAGGAGGAGUGCAACUUUUUGUGUAACCUGAGCCGCGAGGAGUACACAGAGCUGCGCUCGCUCGUUGUCGACAUGGUUCUCGCCACCGACAUGUCGUCACACUUUCAACAGAUCAAGUGCAUGAAAAACUACGUCAUCAACUCAGAAUCGGCUGUGGACAAGUCUAAGAUUCUGAACCUGGUGCUGCACUGCUGCGACAUAUCACACCCCAGCAAGGACUGGGAGCUGCACUCGCACUGGACCAAGCUUCUGCUGGACGAGUUCUUCUUGCAGGGAGACAAGGAGAAGCAGCUGGGACUGCCAGUCAGUCCUCUCUGCGACAGAGCCACCACGCUCGUCCCUCAGUCUCAGAUAGGUUUUAUCGAGUUCAUCGUGGAGCCGUCGAUGAGUGUGUGCGGUGAGCUUCUGGAGAAGGUGGCCGCCUACCUGCACGGUGCAGAGACCGGUGGCGCCGCCAACGGAAUCGACUACAAGCCGGGUGACGUUCGCCCAGCCCGACCUCCGCUGCCCUGGUCGUGUCGGCCGUGGGAGGAAUGUCUGGCGUUCAACCUUGAGUGCUGGAGGAGGAAAGAACAGGCGGAGCAGUCAACCGAAAGCCGCCAACCGAGCAAGGAGCGAUGGAGCGAGGAAGAGGAGGGAGGAGCAGGAGAGGGAGAGCAAGAGAAAGAGGACGUCGAUGCUGAAUCGUCCACCGACCAGCAGUCCCCCAGUCCGGAUACGUGAUUCAGGUGCACGUGCGGCGUGCUAUGAAUUACAGAACAUCGGCCGUGUGUGUGUGUGUGCGCGCGCGAUACUGCGGCUGAACGGUGUGGUGUAGCCUCUCAAACUGCAGUGGCUAUUGAGCCCGGGCCAGUGAGCAGUGAGUGCAGUGGAGUAGAGACACAUGGUGAAAGAUGGACGGCACGUGCAGGAGCACGUAUGACACGUGGUGCCCAAAACUACGUGAAGAACUCAGAUGAGACAGCCAGUCUGGAUGACCUAAAGGAGAUUAGCAUCAGGUUGUGAUACGCACUGCGGUCGAGCCAGACGGUGGGCGAUGGUCUGUGGCGAGUGAUCGGCGGUCAGCAACUGUCGGUCAACGUUCAGCGGUCACCGUUGGCUGAUCGGCAGUCGGCAGUUAAAGGGCAGCGGUGAAUGAACCGACAGCCUAUCGUAUGCUGAGCGCUGAACUGUGUCACUACCUGGGCUCCUGGGGCCAACAUUCGAAUCAAAGUCGCGCGAACCGGUCGAUCGGCUUGUUGUGCUGCCCUUGCCAGUCCAUGAAGGGCUACUCUGCUCGGUUUAGCUGAGCGCUGCUCGGCAGUAGCGUUCCUCGCGGGAGUUACUCUUCGGGGAUUGUUAUCUUGUAAGAGUUUGGGCAUAUUUCUCACUCUUUGGCUUAUCCGAGACGCACACUCCUUUAAGCACAGAGAGCACACAGAGAAUCAAACAACUUAUGCUGCUUAUAAUGAUGUGAGCACCAUUUUGAGCGCCUGCUCUGAAUGCAUCUGCAUGGAGAAAUUUCCUAAAAUUUGUUGCGAGUUUGCAACUCAUAGUGAACUUGUGAUUAUUAUCAUUUGUGUGUGUGUUAUUACUUGAAUUAGAAAACUGCGGACACAUGCUAAAACUAUACUUUUUUAUUAAGAAUAUUCCGUUUGUUACUUAUGUUCAUGAAUAUUACGUCAUCGGCUUUCAUUAUUUGAUUGAACUCGAUAUGAAAUAAGCAGGCAUGCAAUGAGCUGUGAAGCUUCAGCUCAGCAUACCAUGCAGGUUUCUCUCUCCUUCAUCUGACCAGAGUGAAGCUCGCUGGCUUAAUGCAUCCUUCUGCAACGAAACCUUUCCGAGCAUCAAUGUCCGCCCUAGAUUUCUGAGAUGAAAGUUCAGCUGUGUUGUGAUGGUGAGCGGAAGUCUGAAUCUCUGCGGAGAUAAAAUUGUACAGCACAGAUUAUAUCGGAAGUGGAUUUAGAUAUAGCUCGUUGUAAACAAUUGUUCAUCCGUCUUACUUUUCACUAAUGUGACCGGCACGGGUUAUGCACGCUAUUUUUCACUGUGAAGGGCAAGUGCCUGGCAAACAUGUCCGUGGAGUGUAUGCGAGAUGACGCUUACAACGGUUGUCCUGUCCGUGCCAGCGUAUCUGUAAACGUGUAUUUGUUAUGUUGACGGUUAUGGCGUAAUGAGAGUCGUGAGUAGGAUUAUGAAACGCAUGCGAAAAUGAAUGGUUGUUACGGCUUUCGUCGUUGCGCACCCAGAAUCAAUCUCUUUGAUGGUGAUGCAUCCAGUCGAGUGACUGGUCGCCAGCUUCUCAAACACCUUUCGCUCUACCCCAGCCGCUGCCCUCUUCCUGCGUACCAGGGGCAAGUUUCCGGCGAAUCACUUCUUCGCAUCACUUUGUCAGGGAAAAGAACGCUGAGUGUAGCGAUAUAUCGGUGAAUCCGUUUUUGAUUUUGCGAGAUACGCCUGCUUACGCCUGCUUAUUCAGAUGCAGAUGACUGAGCCGUACGACUUGUUACCGUUCGUCCGUUCAUGUGUGCGCGUGGUCCGAUAAGAUACUUCGCUUAUAUAUGAGCAAGUGUCCCCGCAAACUCGCGCGCAUACGUGUCUAUUGCAUAUGUCUGGUUAUGCACAAUCAAUGUUGAUGCCAUGCACGGUAUAAGGCUAUAGAUAGACACUUGGGGUAUGUGUAAGGAAGUGCAAGACGUUGAGUCUUGUAUCUGAGAUGAAGUUAGCGAUACUGAUAUUUGUGUGCUUGAAUGUUGGCUGCGAUAUGCGAGAUCAGGUUUUGAUAAAGAACAGAGGCCCGUC